AUGCGACUCAGAAACCACCACCACCAAAUUUUCACUUUCAUUAAUCAGUUGCUUCAAGAGAAGGAAAUGACAUCUGCUCCUGUCUUCUUCUACAUCUUAAUUAUUGGGAGAUACCUCUCUCAGGGGAGUGGACAGGAUGCCCAGUGUCCCCUGGGCUACUUCCCCUGCGGGAACGUCACCAGGUGCCUGCCUCAGCUGCUUCACUGUAACGGUGUGGACGACUGCGGGAACCAGGCCGACGAGGACGACUGCGUAGACAACAAUGGAUGGUCUCUGCAACUUGACAAGUACUUUGCCAGUUACUACAAAAUGACAUCCCCAAAUCCCUUUGGGGCAGAAACAUCUGAAUGCUUGCUGGGUUCUCUGCCUGCGCAAUGUUUUUGCCAAGGUCUGGAGCUUGACUGUGACGAAACCAAUUUACGGUCUGUUCCAUCAGUUUCUUCAAAUGUGACUGUAAUGUCACUUCAGUGGAACUUAUUAAGAAAGCUUCCUCCUAAUGGCUUCAAGAAUUACCAUGAUCUUCAGAAAUUGUGCCUGCAAAACAAUAAAAUUAGAUCCGUAUCCAUCUAUGCUUUCAGAGGACUGUACAGCCUUAAUAAACUGUAUCUCAGUCAUAACCGAAUAACUUUCCUGAAGCCGGGUGUUUUUGAAGAUCUUCACAGACUAGAAUGGCUGAUAAUUGAAGAUAAUCGCCUCAGUCGAAUUUCCCCACUAACAUUUUACGGACUGAAUUCUCUUAUUCUUUUAGUCCUGAUGAAUAACGUCCUCCCCCGUCUACCUGAUAAGCCUCUUUGCCAGCACAUGCCGAGACUACAUUGGCUGGACUUUGAAGGCAACCAUAUCCAUAGUUUAAGAAAUUUGACUUUUAUUUCCUGCGNNNUGUUUAUUUUCAGGGUAAUGAGGAAAAACAAAAUUAAUCACUUAAAUGAAAAUACUUUUGCCCCUCUCCAGAAACUAGAUGAAUUGGAUUUAGGAAGUAAUAAGAUUGAAAAUCUUCCACCGCAUGUAUUUAAGGAUCUCAAGGAGCUGUCACAACUGAAUCUUUCCUAUAACCCAAUCCAGAAAAUUGAAGCAAACCAGUUUGAUUAUCUUAUCAAACUCAAGUCUCUCAGCCUAGAAGGACUUGAAAUUCCAAAUAUCCAGCAACGGAUGUUUAGACCUCUUAUGAAUCUGUCUCACAUAUAUUUUAAGAAAUUCCAGUAUUGUGGCUAUGCCCCCCAUGUUCGCAGCUGUAAACCAAACACUGAUGGAAUCUCAUCUCUAGAGAAUCUCUUGGCAAGCAUUAUUCAGAGAGUAUUUGUCUGGGUCGUAUCUGCCAUUACCUGCUUUGGAAACAUUUUUGUUAUUUGCAUGAGACCUUAUAUCAGGUCUGAGAACAGGCUGCAUGCCAUGUCAAUCAUCUCUCUCUGCUGUGCUGACUGCCUAAUGGGAAUAUAUUUAUUUGUGAUUGGAGCCUUUGACCUAAAAUUCCGUGGGGAAUACAAUAAGCAUGCCCAGCUGUGGAUGGAGAGUAACCAUUGUCAGCUUUUGGGAUCCUUGGCCAUUCUGUCCACAGAAGUAUCUGUUUUACUUUUAACAUUUCUGACUUUGGAAAAGUACAUUUGCAUCGUGUAUCCUUUCAGAUGUUUGAGACCUGGAAAAUGCAGGACAAUUACAGUUCUGAUUCUCAUUUGGAUUACUGGGUUUAUAGUGGCUUUCAUCCCACUGAGUAAUAAAGAAUUUUUUAAAAACUACUAUGGCACCAAUGGAGUAUGUUUCCCUCUUCACUCAGAAGACACAGAAAGUAUUGGAGCCCAGAUUUAUUCAGUGGUAAUUUUGCUUGGCAUUAACUUGCUGGCAUUUGUCAUCAUAGUGUUUUCCUAUGGAAGCAUGUUUUACAGUGUUCAUCAAAGCACCAUAACAGCAACUGAAAUACCGAAUCAGGUCAAAAAAGAGAUGGUCCUUGCCAAACGUUUUUUCUUUAUUGUAUUUACUGAUGCAUUAUGCUGGAUACCUAUUUUUAUACUAAAAUUUCUUUCACUGCUUCAGGUAGAAAUACCAGGUACAAUUUCUUUUUCUUUUUUUUUCUUUCUUUUUAAAUAA